GUACGGCAAGCAUGUGUUGUUGAAAACCCCUUUUGGUUUUCAUUUGGGGAAGACGACUUCGCAAGGACUUUUCACAACCUCAAUAGAAAACCCAAAGAACAACAUUAGAAAGCUUGCAUCUUUCUUAUUUCUGAAAAUAAGCAUUUUUCAGCAUCAUGAAUAAGGGAAAUUUGGCCCCUUUCCUCAAGCUAAAUCUCCCUCCUCCUGAUGAAACUUCUCUCGCUAAAUUCUUGACCGAAUCUGGGACGUUUAUGGAUGGUGAUCUGCUAGUAAACAGAGAUGGUGUUCGAAUUGUUUCGCAAAGCCAAUCUGAGACUCCACCUCUUAUUCAGCCAUCAGACAACCAAUUAAGCUUAGCUGAUUUUGAUGCGGUUAAAGUUGUUGGAAAAGGAAACGGUGGAAUCGUUCGAUUGGUUCGACACAAAUGGACAGAACAAUUUUUUGCUUUGAAGGUAAUCCAAAUGAACGUAGAAGAAUCAGCAAGAAAGCAAAUUGCACAAGAACUUAAAAUCAACCAAUCAUCACAAUGUGCAAAUGUUGUUGUAUGUUACCAAUCUUUUUACGAUAAUGGAGCUGUUUCAAUAAUCUUGGAGUACAUGGAUGGAGGAUCUUUAGCUGAUUUUUUAAAAACCGUUCGAUCCAUUCCCGAACCUUAUCUUGCUUCCAUUUGUAAACAGGUGUUGAAAGGUUUGUUGUAUCUUCAUCAUGAGAAACAUAUUAUUCAUCGGGACAUGAAACCAUCAAAUUUGCUGAUAAAUCAUCGAGGUGAAGUAAAGAUCACUGACUUUGGUGUUAGUGCUAUACUCGCGAGCACAUCUGGAUUGGCUAAUACGUUUGUUGGCACUUAUAAUUAUAUGUCGCCGGAAAGAAUUAUUGGUGGAAGCUAUGGUUAUAAAAGUGAUAUAUGGAGCUUGGGUUUAGUUUUGUUGGAGUGUGCAACGGGUCAAUUUCCAUACACUCCACCACAAGCAGGUGAAGGGUGGGUCAAUGUAUAUGAGCUUAUGGAAACCAUUGUUGGUCAACCACCACCUCGGGCACCUUUUGGUCAAUUCUCUCCUCAGUUUUGCUCCUUUAUUGAAGCAUGUGUGCAGAAAGAACCCAAGGAUAGAGCAUCGGCUAAUGAACUUAUGUCACAUCCGUUCAUAAAUAUGUAUGAUGACAUGGCGGUUGAUCUCGCAUCUUAUUUCACUGAAGCGGGAUCCCCUCUUGCAACAUUGUAAUGAACCCAUGAGUGCUAAGUAAAGGGCAAUAGAUUUUUCCUUUUUGUUGUAUCAUGACUCCGGUUUAAAGUUUGCAUCUAGUUCGAAGGUGAAAACUUCGCCUUUUGGUUGAGUUCUUGUAAAACUUCGAUUCUCAAUGAAUAUGUAACACAAUUUUAUCUUUA